GGUGAAGAUACUAGUAGCGUCCUUGCUCCUAGUAGCGAUGCCCUUUGCUCCUAGUAGCGUCCUUGUUGAGCGCAGAGUGGUUUUUCAAGAUUGAGCAUUUAUGGCUCCUUGAUAUGGCAAGAAAGAUCUGGACCUCAUGCAAUAGGGUCCAUGUCUGACAUGUCCUCGAAGGUCAGUUUUGAUCCAGCAAUGGAGCUUCCAAACGGUAAUUGGCAGAAGUUUGACUUGUGGUGUUGCUGCGACUGAGUUUGGAACGCUACUUGGUCUACUUUUUUUGUUUUUAUUGAUUCUUGUGAAAGAAGCCAGGCUGAUAGGAGCGAUUGCGGAACUUGAGCAAGCCAUUCACUGACCUUGGCUCAAGAGCGAAGGACACUAGUGGCCAUGAUCCAUUGACCUGUGGACGAUGCUUGCAGCUGGGCCUGCACCUGGCUGGGCAGCAUGGGGACAGAUGCCCAGGAUGGUGCAGAUGCCAGGCCGUGCUACCGCCCCAAGUGCACCAGCUGCCAGUCGCGUGGCUCACCAGCUUCAGGGUACAGCUCCGAGCCACGGCCGAGGACAUCACAGUUUGAGUCCAGGGACAAGAGUGGCCGCUGAUGGCGUGAGAGGAAACAGCGUGGUGAUGACUUCACACUCUGCGGUGGUGGCGGGCGGGCGGCCACAAGGGGUCGCACCUGCCGCGCAGACCACCCGCAAUCGGCCGCCUCCUCAGGACUAUGUGCUCCAGCACGGCCUCUACCGGCGACCUCAUCAUUCUAUGCCACCCCAGGGUCCACAGAGCCCAUCGGGUGGUGCACCCGUUCAGACACAAGUGAGGCAGCAACACUCGAGCCACCAACUUCCACAAACCAAAGUUACUCCAUCUGGAGGACCCUUUUCGAAACUGCCUGUUCACUACAACGUUGGAGGUUCCAGUGGAUCUACCAAGAAAAAGAGCGAGAAACCAGCAGCUGCAGAGUACAGUGAUGAUGACGAGCUGGCGCCAGGCUCAUUCUUCAGCAAGAAGAAGUUAUCCUUGCUUGUGCGCUGCAUCUCUUUCAUUCACCAGGAGAUCACCUCCAGCGAUGAUAUGCCUCCACAUGCCAUGGAACUGAGACAACUCUACACAGAGGAGCAAUACCACAUCUCGAAUUGCCGCACAGAUCUGCGUGGAUGGCGGCGAUCGCUGGGAGACACAAAUCCUUUGGAGAUCGCCAACUUUGUUCUGGGCUUGUUCGAGAACGGCUUCUUCGAGGUGUCUGAACUCAUUUGCUGUUUGAUUUUUCUGAGACGCUUUCGUGAGAAGACUGGGCUUCGAAUGGACGCGGCUUGUUGGAGGCCGCUCUUUCUUGCGGCCCUUUUGGUGACAGACAAGUACCUCAUCGACAGCUCGGUGAAGGGCAGUUCCAUGUCAGAACAAUCCAUGUUUCCCGUUUUGUCUCCUUCGCAGGUCUUCUCCUUGGAGUUGACCUUCUGGAAGAGCUUGGAUUUCGGUCGCUUGUGGCUGACACGACGGGAUUUCAGGAGCUUCUGCCAGGAGUUGGAGCUCCAAGUGCCAGAAAGCUUCGAAGUGGCCAGGUUUGUCAAGAGCCACAAUUAUGUGAAGUCUGACACAUUCACAUGGGGAGAGAGCAAAGAAGUGCAAGCACACGAUUUCUUGCAGGGACACUCAAAAAGUCAUAGUAAGAGUGGGGCCACUCUUAAUCACAUGCAAUUCCAGACACCCUCCAAUGGUGUUACAGUGAAGCCAGUUCAGCCAUGGAAGCCACGUCAAACCGUUUAUGUGCAACAUGUGGACUCGAAGGAGGAUGUCGAUGCCCUGGCCAUCCGUGAUGGUAUCUCACCUCGCAGGAGGAAUGAGAAGGUGCCAGACCGAGUGCCAACUCAAAAUGGUAGCAAACCUCGAGCAAACUCUCAACCCUUUGUUGGUGAACGCAACCCAACAAAGCAACUGGGCACUUCGGGAAGCCUGGGUUACAACUUGCGGUCGUCGCCUCGGCAACAGGUCUCUUCGGGACCGUGCCUGGUCGCCGAAGUUCAUGAAACCAGAGACGACCCGAGCUUGCUCUCCUUCGCAGAGAAGACACACAUUUUCAAUGUGCGAAGCCAGAGUCAAAGCGAUCCACGACGGCCACAAUGGCCAUCACAAAUGAUGUCCAGACCUAUGGUGGGUGGUCCGUACGUCCAACGUCCGUUUGGAGGUUCCACCUUGGACCCUAAGAGCUUCACCUUUACUCCCAACAUGCGCAGUACGAUCCACACUACAAAGCCUUGUGUGCAGCCUCCGCCACCUACUGUGAGCACUCGCAUGGAGCGGCCACAGCAGCUCACACCACCAGGCCCUCAGGGCUACACCGCGCAGACGGCGAACAUGGCGGCCGCGGCGGCACAGCACGCGCGUGGAAGAUCCUCCUCACCCGCUUAUGUCGCAGGACCUCCGGGACACGUGACCACUCAGAGGCACGUGAUGUACGUUCAUCGAUGAGGCCGAUGAGUCCAGAUGAACCAAACGUUAGUUUAGUGGCAGCCAAUCACUAGCAAUCGCCAAAAGGGCAUAAAAA